GCACAAGAGCAACAAAUAAAAUGAAGUAUUAUUUAUCACUCAUUGCGUUUUCAACUGUUAUUCUUUCAGUUAUAUAUUUUAGAAUAGUUUUUUUUCUAACAAAAUGUGUAUCAUCAAACCAAAUGAUCGUUCCUUGUUUUUUAAACUAUAUCUUGUGAGAUAAAUGUGAUCUGUGAGGGUGUAUUUUUCGUUUCUACAACGAGCCAAGACGAGUAAAACAGUCAGCAGUUCAAUAUUCCCGUACACAAAAGAAAAAAAUUAAGAGCGCAAUAGAUUGAAAAAACAAAUUAUGCUUGUUAAAUUCCACACAAUUUUGUAGUCCAAAAAACUUUAACUGGCUGCAGAAACAUUUAAUUUAUGACUGCUAUAUCCAACUAAUGAAAACCGAAGUGUCAGGAAACAUUUUCAAUUUAGGAGAUCAAUCUUUAAUCUUUCAACAGCAGAAGGACUAAAUUAUUACCUUUUCACAAACGUUUCUUUGUCAUUCUGAGUAUCAGAAAAAUUAAACCAAAAUGAAGAAAUACUGUCACUUUCAGUCCCUGCAUAAAAUUCCAGGCAAGGCAAAAAAAAAAGAAAAAAAAAGUAAUAAAAUAAAAUAAAAAAAUAACUACUUUGCAACAAAGAAAGCUCACUUUUAGCGGUGCACUGUCUUAAAACGCCCACUAAAGGGAGCUCUAGCCUAGCACGUUACAUAGCAAUGGAUUUUAAUUUGAUGUAAAAUUCCAAAUGACAGUUUUUACAAAUUAAGUACUACAAUACGGUUUAAAAAAAUUAAACUAACAUCUAAAUUACAUUAUUUCCACCAGAAUUCUCGUUACAAUCACAGAAAUGAGUUUCCAGAGCAAGUGCGUCUUUAAGGAUUGGCGCUUGUUGAUGACGUAAUGGUCCAAAAGCCACAACAAAACUCAGCUGUUAGAAGCUAACUAGCCGGCCUAGUUACUCAAAGCUCUUCUUUAGGAUUUCUUUUAAACCUUGUUUUUAUUUUUAUUUUUUUUUUUGCAGUUACUAAUUAAGUCGUUCACGCACAAUUUUCUUCAUGAUCGUUAAAUCUGUAUUGUAAUUAGCUUCACUCAUAUGAUUAUUUUAUUGUUAGCAGGCUAGCUAUUAAACUGAGGAAGACGGGGGAUUUUCCGACUGAAGGGCAGAAAUCUUUAUGGAAAAGCUAGAUCACAAGACCUCCCGGUGGAGAUUCUGAGUUCCACCAGUGACCAGAAGCAUUUCAUCGUCAUUCGAUAUGUCGCCACAGAAACGGCCUCUAGUCCCGGUGAGCAGCCGGCGGAAAGCAGCCGACGACUACUUCCCGUUUAACUCUCUGCCGGUGGAGUGCCAGCUGCACGUCCUGUCCUUCCUGAACGAGGUGGACAAAUGCAGCUGCGCUCUGGUUUGCCUCAGCUGGAGCUGUCUUGUUCGGUCGUGGAAGCUGUGGCGGGUAGCAGAUUACUCUCGUCGUGGCGUCUUUCAUCUUGGCCAGGAGGGGCUGCUGGUUUCUAACCGUGAGUUUGAGAGGUGGAAGUCCUGGGUCCAUCACUACACACACCACCUGAUCUCCCGCCGAGCCAGUCUGCUGACGCUGAAAGCCAGCUUCGACCUGGGGGAUCGCUGUAACAAGUGGAGCGAGCUGCUGAGCCACCUGCUAGAUAACGUCCACUGCAGAGACCUCAGUCAUCUGGAUCUCAACUGGACCUUCACUCUGUUUGAACCGCUCAACCUCAGGGUCCACUCCAGCUCCAGUUCACACCAGGACAGCGUCACCAAAAUGGAUCAGGUGGCCAGCUUUCAGGAGCUGCUGAGCAAACUCGCCCACAGCUGCCCGAGAAUCUCCAAGAUGAGGUUGCAUUUUGAUUGGUCGGAUUUGUCGGUGUCACUUCUCAGCCAGUUCCAGCAGCUGCGAAUCCUCGAGCUCAAAUAUUUCUGGGUCUUCAAACUAGUGACGCCCUCGACGCUGCAGACGCUGACCAAAUCCCUGCCUAACCUCAGGUCCCUGACUUUGCACGUGCUGGUGCCGCUGAGAAACCUCGGCAUCUCCUACACCCUGGAGUCGCCGUCGCUGGAGUUCCUGGACGUCUCGCCCAGCCGGGGCCUGGUCUUCUCCUGCCUGAAGCUGCCGGCCCUACGAGAGCUCCGAGCUAAGAAGAUAGUGCGCGGCAUCACACUGGACAGAAGGACCAGGCUACGCAUCCAGAGUCGGUGGCCGUGCCUGUACCACGUCCUCCGGGAGGGGACGCCAAAGCUUCAGGCCCUGAACAAUGAGAGGCUCCUCCCUACGUGGAGAGAGAACUGUUACGGCGAGCUGACGGCUAUUCUGGAACAGUCCUGUUAUUGUGUUCAGCAUCUAGACAGCUGGCUGUGGUAGUCAGCUGACGGACAUCAUCACGCUCAUUCGAAUGAGUUGAGCGACACAGACUUUCAUAAAAACUGAACUUUGACUCCAGGCGUCAUCUGGUUCUUUACCAGAAAUCUGCCAUCAUGGUGGGAAAUGCAUUCCUGAAGAGCCAGGAAGCCUCUAAAGGUGCUUCAUGCUAGCUCGGCUUUGCUGCACUGACCCGAACAAAAUGUUCUGCAAGCAGAACCCAGAACCACGGCCUUCAUUUCCCCCCGCAGCUGCUUUAAAUCCCACUUUUGUCAACGAAAGAACUAAAAAAAAAAAGAUUAAAGGCAAAAUAUUUUCAGAAAAGUUUUAUGUUUUACUAGUUUUAAAAAACUAGACCUGGGGUCUCAUUUAUCAAUUUGAUGUCUGAUUUAUUCACCCUCAGAGACGGCUGUCUGCUGUUUCUGACGAAAAGAAAGCAAAAGAUAAAGCUGCACAGAAAUUUGCACAAAUGAGGUUCAGAGCAAGUGCGCAGUAACUAUUUCAAACGGAACGUUCCUCGUUCUGAACGGCAUAUCUAAAGCAGCAGCUAGAUGUGUUGCUUGCUGAGAACUGAAGCUAGUUGCGUGUCUGCCCCCCGAUUCGGCUGCUGAAUACUUUGCACAUUCGGUGCUAAGCUGGUGUGAUCCCAAUCACAGCCUGCCAGGAAUGUAAAAACCAGUUCAUUCCAGCACCGGACCGCGUCUCUUACCUUAGGUGCUCCGUGUAGUUAGUGUGCUCCUUUCUGAGCACUGAAGUUGUGAUUGUUUUGGUGUUUAUGUGAAGAAAUCCUGCAGCUCUUGAUGUGUGCAAACUUUUUGCACAAAUUCUGUACUUUUCUGUCUCUGUGGUGAAAAGAUUGUUGCUCAGCUGUUUGCAGCUGCAGAAGAAAAAACAAAGCAAAUGAAGUGGCGAGCUUUUUCCAGUUGUCCUGCUAAUCAGCAGAGGUCCCUGUUUUCAAACUUUAGGUGGUGAAGGCCUCUCUGGAGCCCGAACGGGGCCCAGACCAGUAGACUGACAGGCGUUUGAGAUUUGAAGAAGAAGAAAGAAAAUGUCAUUUCUAAAGCGCCUCUCAGGAUAAAAAUCGCGAGGCGCUUAGUUUGCCUGUUGUUCUCUGUUGAACGUAGGUUUCUGUCUGCUCCGUGUGCAGACAGAACUUCAGAUGUGUUGAAUGACUUCGUUGAUGGCUGAUUUCCUGUUUGUAAGCCAUCGACUCCCUCCACGCGCGAGCAGGAAGCACUGACAUUUAAACAGAUGUUGCAACUUCUGGUUUCCAUGUUCCACAUAAUAAAAAGAUGGACUGUU